GCGGGAGCUCCGCGCGGCACCGCCCCCCGCCCGCCCCCAGCAAAGAUGGCGUGGCGAGCGCUGCGGCGGGUCGGGCCGGUCCUGGUGCCGCGCUGCCCGCGCCUCUCGCCGCGGGUGCCCGCGGCCCGGAGGUUGGCCACCAGCUCGCUGGUGCUGUCCGCCCGCAAAUUCACAGACAAGCAUGAAUGGAUAACAGUUGAAAAUGGCAUUGGAACAGUAGGAAUCAGCAAUUUUGCACAGGAAGCAUUAGGAGACGUUGUUUACUGUAGUCUUCCAGAAAUUGGGACAAAAUUGAGUAAACAUGAUGAGUUUGGAGCUUUGGAAAGUGUGAAAGCUGCUAGUGAACUCUACUCUCCUCUCUCAGGAGAAGUGACUGAGAUUAAUGCUGCCCUUGCAGAUAAUCCAGGGCUCGUCAAUAAAUCUUGUUAUCAAGAUGGUUGGCUUAUCAAGAUGACCGUGGAAAAUCCUGCUGAACUUGAUGAACUGAUGAGCGAAGAUGCCUAUGAGAAAUACAUAAAAUCUAUUGAGGACUGAGCUGGAAUAAUGAAAUAAAUCCAUAUAAAAUGUUUCA